GGCGGAGCCCCAUUAGGGCGGGGAGCGGCCGCGGGCAGCGGGCACUUGCGGCGGGGGCGGCCGGCGGCGGAGCGGAUCGGCUCGGCUCGGCUCGGCUCGGCUCGGCUCGGCUCGGCUCCGCUCCGCUCCUCACGGCAGGGCACGGCACGGCACGGCACGGCACGGUCCCACCGCGCUGCCUUCCCCGCUGUCAAUGCGGGCGCCCCGGCGCCGCGGGAGAAAACCCUCUGACAAGCCUGUUGUGGUAGCUGCUCCGUGAGGAUGUAAGUGGUUUACUCCCCGUCUGAGUGAAUGAAUGGAGACAAUAGCCUGAUAACAGCAGUUCCACAAACAUGGGAGACAAUGGAAGAAAACCAAACACUUUGAAGUCUGUCUCCAGGCCCCUGGAACAAAUAGGAUGCAUCGUUCUCCACCAUCCAUGCUGUUACUGAUUGUUUUGAGAGGCUGCAGUAUUCACGUAUGAAGACUUGUCUUUGUAACUGAUCCUUGGAGCUGCACAGAGAUGACUUUCUUUGCAAUGGAUUAAUAACAUUAAGUGUCUGAAGAGUCUUCUGGCAAUGUUUUGCAAUGUGACAAGCUAUGAAGAUCUAAUCAGCAGAGGGAGCUGUGUGGAAGAACAACACUUUCAUCCUUUCUGUGGUCCAAGUUCUAUGAGGCAAGACAAGAUCAAUUGCUUGAUGAGCUGCAGCUGAAAUAUUUAACACUUCACACUUAUGCCCUUGGAGAUGGAGCCCAAAGCUAACAACCUCGUUUUUGGGUGUCAGCGAAGCUCAACGUCUGAUGAUGACUCUGGCUGUGCCUUGGAAGAAUAUGCCUGGGUCCCCCCAGGCCUUAGACCAGAGCAGGUACAGCUGUAUUUUGCCUGCUUGCCGGAGGAAAAGGUCCCUUACGUGAACAGCCCUGGAGAGAAGCACAGAAUUAAACAGCUCCUCUAUCAGCUGCCACCCCACGACAACGAGGUGAGAUACUGCCAGUCUUUAAGCGAAGAAGAAAAGAAGGAGCUGCAGAUGUUCAGUUCUCAGCGCAAAAAGGAGGCGCUUGGCCGAGGCACUAUUAAACUCCUCUCGAGGGCAGUGAUGCAUGCAGUUUGUGAACAGUGUGGUACAAAAGUAAAUGGCGGUGAAGUUGCAGUUUUUGCCUCGAGAGCUGGCCCCGGUGUGUGCUGGCAUCCAUCGUGUUUUGUAUGCUUCACGUGUAAUGAGCUUCUCGUUGACCUUAUCUACUUCUACCAAGAUGGAAAAAUUCACUGCGGCAGACACCACGCUGAACUUCUUAAGCCUCGAUGUUCAGCCUGUGAUGAGAUCAUUUUUGCUGAUGAGUGCACAGAAGCUGAGGGUCGCCACUGGCACAUGAAACACUUCUGCUGCCUCGAGUGCGAGACGAUCCUGGGAGGCCAGAGGUACAUCAUGAAGGACGGGCGACCGUUCUGCUGUAACUGUUUUGAAUCUCUUUACGCGGAAUACUGUGAGACCUGCGGGGAGCACAUUGGUGUUGACCAUGCCCAGAUGACCUACGAUGGACAGCACUGGCAUGCUACGGAGACUUGCUUUUCUUGUGCUCAGUGCAAGACCUCUUUGCUUGGCUGCCCUUUCCUUCCGAAGCAAGGGCAGAUCUACUGCUCAAAAACCUGCAGCUUGGGUGAGGACGUUCACGCCUCCGACUCUUCGGAUUCCGCGUUUCAGUCUGCUCGAUCAAGAGACUCCAGGAGGAGCAUUCGCAUGGGCAAGAGCAGCCGCUCAGCUGAUCAGUGCCGCCAGUCUCUCCUCCUGUCGCCAGCCCUCAAUUACAAGUUUCCUGGUCUGUCAGGCAACGCCGAUGAUACUCUUUCCCGCAAGCUGGAUGACUUAAGCCUUUCAAGGGAAGAGGCAGGCUUUGUUAACGAAGACUUCUGGAAAGGAAGAGUAGAGCAAGAAAUGCCUGAGGACCCUGAAGAAUGGGCUGAACACGAAGACUACAUGACUCAGCUGCUUCUGAAGUUUGGUGAUAAAAGCCUCUUCCAGCAACCUGCUGAGGUAGACAUUAGAUCAAGCGAACACUGGAUUUCUGACAGCAUUGUCAAGAGCAAGUUGGACUUGAAAAAAAAUAACCCAAGCCUAGCAAGUAAGAAGUAUCAAUCAGACAUGUACUGGGCCCAGUCCCAGGACGGCCUGGGUGACUCCGCGUAUGGCAGCCAUCCGGGCCCUGCCAGCAGCAGGAAGAUCCAGGAGCUAGACAUGGAGCAUGGGGCGUCGGGAUACAAACACGACCAAACACCGUGGUACGGAGGUUCGCUGGAAUGUUUGUCUGAUCUGAAACAGCAAGAACAAAGCGUUCGAGACUCGAUGGAUUCUUUGGCUUUGUCCAACAUAACAGGGGCUUCAAUGGAUGGCGAAGGCAAGCCACGGACAUCUCUCUAUUCUUUGCAAACUUUCCAAGAACUGGAGGUAGAGGACUGUGAGAAGAUGAGCAACAUGGGAACUCUGAAUUCUUCCAUGCUCCACCGGAGCACAGAGUCCUUGAAGAGUCUGAGCUCAGAGUUGUGCCAGGAAAAAGCGUUACCAGAGGAGAAGCCAGUGCAUAUGCCUGUACUGAGAAGAUCUAAAUCCCAGUCUAGACCACAGCAAGUGAAGUUUUCAGAUGAUGUUAUUGAUAAUGGCAGUUACGAGAAUGUUGAAAUUCGACAACCUCCAAUGAGUGAAAGGACUCGUAGGCGUGUUUACCAUUUCGAAGAGCGUGGAAAUCGGCCUUCUCACCAUCGCAGAAGAAGUAGGAAAUCUCGUUCAGAUAACGCACUUAAUUUGGCCACAGAAAGAAGAUGCUCUCCAAAAGAGAGAUUUCGUUAUUACUCUCCUCAGGAUCAUGAAAAAUUUAUUCAAAACAAAAGCUCGCGUGAGUUUCGGGCAUAUAUUCAAAACGCGGAGCUGUAUAGCCAGUAUGCCCAUACGAGUUCUGAUUAUGCACUGCGGAAUCAGGUGGUUGAUAAAUUUUUUGGAUUAUAUGGUGACGAAGAUGACUCCUGGUGUUCGACUUCAUCCUCAUCAUCUGAUUCUGAAGAGGAAGGGUAUUUCCUGGGACAGCCAAUUCCCCAGCCACGCUCGCUGAGAUAUCCAUACUAUACAGACGACCUUUCUAGUCCAACUACUGCGUUAUCUAGUUCUCAGUUUGGACAAAGGACAACCAAAUCAAAGAAGAAGAGGGGACACAAAGGGAAAAACUGCAUCAUUUCGUAAUUUAACAGUUGGGAAGACCAGUCAACUCUCUAUCUACAGUUGGAACCACAUCUUUUUAUAUUAAUAAUUGUACUUAAGCAAGUUGCUGAGGUUCUUAACGCUUUGCCAGUGUAAAUGAUAACUGUACCAGAGUUUACAUUGUAAAAGUAACAUUCAGAAAUGUCACUAUGCCAAACGAUGACCUGUUCAGAUAUUGCUAGGUUUACAUACGUUUCAGCUGUCAAGGUACUGUUAUUGCAGUUCUUGAUACAGACUUUUUGUAGACAUUUAUUUUAUGCUCUCUAUUCACCUAUGUUCAGUUAUCUGAGAGAGGGGAGUCAGCGAAGAUCAAUAAAUAAAACUGUCAGUCUUGUACUGUAACUAUACCCACACAGGGUGAUCCUCAACUCUUUCUUCUUCUCUCUAAUGAAAAGGUGACUCUAUGCUGUGUCCUUUCUUCACUGAUAAAAUUGAUUCUCUUCCUUGAAGUUUCCCUACAAAAACUGGAAGUUUUUUUUUUUUUAAAUUUGGGAAAAUGCUGCUUUUCCAGAGUCCACUAUUAAGGAGGCAAAAAUCAGAAUGUGGGAGCUGAAAUGCUUGAGGCCUUGAUAUAUCUUAAAGCAGCACUAAACGGUUUACACACUUAAAUUUCACGUUUUUCCUUCUAUUUUUUAUUUUUUUGAAAUAACUCCAUCCUGUGUAAGUUGUUUUUUGUGCCUGUUUAAAGGAAGGUAUUAAUUCAGCUUUUGGAAUUGGACCUGACUGCCAGUGAGUACAAUGAGUAGCGAUGGUUUUUAUGUCAUUUCCUCCACUCCACUGCAUUGAAAGAGAAAGGUACAAAUGCUGGAAUCCUUUGCUCGGGCACGUAACCCCAUUUAAGUCAAUGAAUCUACUUACAUAACAAAUACUUUCGUAAGGGCUUAAAGGAUUAGGCUCCAGAAUUGUGUCUUUUCAAAUGUAUUAUCCAGGUUUUAAAAUGUAUUAGUUGCAAUUCUAAAUCAAAAAAAAAUGAUAUUUAUAACGUAGUAUUUCAUAGGCUUAAAUGUAUUCAUAAUUUAACAGUGCAAAUACGAAUGUACAUAUUGUACAGUUAAAAUUUUAAAAGCUGAAUAUUUUUAUAUCCCUGAAUUUGAAGAAGUUUGUUACAAUAUCAAACUAGAUUUGUUAGGGGUUUAACAGCAGCAUUACGGAUGAAAUAUUGCUUGUAUUUUAGUCAGGGGGGUUAAAAAUAUUGAAAGAUGUUUAGUGCAGAACAGCUUAAUUUUGUCUACUAGGUAUUGAAAGCUCUGUAUGCAUGGUGGGGCUAUGUAAAUACUCUUUAAACUAUGGCCCUCUUAAUCUUGCAAGUGUUAUUUAUGGGUCAAGCAAAAUGUAAACUAUAUAAAUGUAAAAAUCACACAAGCCUGGAAUAUAUCAGUACAACAAAUAUGCAA